CACUGAUGGGGGCCCGGGGCGUAGUGUUCCUCACACUCAGCAGCGGUGACAGCUCAGGAGGUGUGUCUGCUCAGCCGGGCCCAGCAUGGACCAGUCUGUGGCAAUCCAGGAGACACUGGCCGAGGAGGAGUACUGCAUCAUCGCAGUGCAAGGUGUGCUGUGUGAGGGGGACAGCAGGCAGAGCCGCCUCCUGGGACUCGUGCGCUACCGCCCAGAAGGUGGUGGCCAGGAACACGCUCUCUUCCUGUAUACGCACCGGAGGAUGGCCAUUACUGGGGACGAUGUCUCCUUGGACCAGAUAGUGCCGAUCUCGCGGGAUUUCACGCUGGAAGAAGUGUCCCCAGAGGGUGAACUCUACAUUCUUGGCUCAGAUGUGACUGUCCAGCUGGACACAGCAGAGCUCAGCCUCGUAUUCCAUCUCCCCUUUGGUUCCCACACUAGAAUGUUCCUCCAGGAAGUCUCCAGGGCCCACCCAGGCUUGGACCCCGCGACCCCAGAUCCUGAGUUCCUGUGGCUGUCUCGAUACAGGUGCGCCAGGCGGGAGCCCGAGCCUCCCGCGACGCGCGUUUGGAACUCGGCCCCAGGCACCUGGCCUGGGAGUGCCAGAAUUGGCGGAGGCAGGUAUCGGUCUUGGCAGGCGCUAAGGGGAUUGGAGGAGGCCCGGCUUCAGGGGCGGAGCUAUGGAGCAGGCCGGCCUUCGAUUGGCGGGGUGGCACGCGGGGGCGGACCCCUCUGGGGGGCGGAGCGGGUGGGGCGGCGCGGGCGGCGUGAUGAAGAGCUUGAGGAAGCAGGCAGGGAAAUGUCCGCCGCCGCAGGCUCCCGGGAGCGCGACUCUGCAGGUAGUUCUUCCUUUGAUGAUUCGAAGCCAAAUGGGAAAGGUCUGCUUGUGGACCAAAGCUCCCGGGGUCAGGAUAAACCAGAAAACUUGCUCCCAAGACAAAAUAAAUCCAAAUCUGAAAUAACCGACAUGGUUCGCUCCUCCACCAUCACAGUAUCAGACAAGGCUCAUAUUUUAUCGGUGCAGAAGUUUGGACUGCGAGAUACAAUAGUGAAAUCACAGCUAAUGCAGAAAGAAGAGGAUUAUACCUAUAUCCAGAGCUUCAGGUUUUUUGUGGGAACGUACAACGUGAAUGGACAGUCCCCCAAAGACUGCCUCCGGCCCUGGCUCAGUGAUGGUAUCCAGGCCCCGGACGUAUACUGCGUAGGGUUCCAGGAGCUUGAUCUGAGUAAGGAAGCCUUUUUCUUCCAUGACACCCCAAAAGAGGAAGAGUGGUUUAAAGCUGUAUCAGACAGUCUUCAUCCAGAUGCCAAAUACGCAAAGGUGAAGCUCAUCCGACUGGUCGGGAUUAUGCUACUGUUGUAUGUCAAACAGGAACAUGCAGCGCACAUCUCAGAAGUGGAAGCGGAGACCGUGGGGACGGGGAUCAUGGGGAGGAUGGGUAACAAAGGAGGAGUGGCGAUCAGGUUCCAGUUCCACAACACCAGUAUCUGCGUGGUGAAUUCCCACUUGGCAGCCCACACGGAGGAGUAUGAGAGGAGGAACCAGGACUAUAAAGACAUUUGCUCUCGAAUGCAGUUUUGCCAGUUGGACCCAAGCCUGCCCCCUCUCACCAUCAGCAAGCACGAUGUGAUCUUGUGGCUGGGGGACCUCAACUACAGGAUAGAAGAGCUGGAUGUGGAAAAAGUGAAAAAACUCAUCGAAGAGAAGGCCUUUCAAACCCUGUAUGCUUAUGACCAGCUGAGAGCUCAGGUGGCUGCAAAGGCUGUCUUUGAAGGCUUUGAAGAGGGCGAGCUCACAUUCCAACCUACCUACAAGUACGAUACGGGCUCCAAUGACUGGGAUACCAGUGAGAAGUGUCGUGCUCCUGCCUGGUGUGACCGGGUCCUCUGGAAAGGGAAGAACAUCACCCAGCUGAGCUACCAGAGCCACAUGGCCCUGAAGACCAGUGACCACAAGCCCGUCAGCUCAGUGUUUGACAUCGGGGUGAGGGUUGUAAAUGAAGAGCUUUAUCGGAAGACUCUGGAGGAGAUUGUUCGCUCCCUGGAUAAGUUGGAAAACGCCAGCAUUCCUUCUGUGUCCCUCUCCAAGCGAGAGUUCUCUUUUCAGAAUGUGAAGUACAUGCAGUUGCAAGUAGAAUCCUUUACCAUUCAGAACGGACAAGUACCAUGUCAGUUUGAAUUCAUCAACAAGCCCAAUGAAGAGUCUUACUGUAAGCAGUGGCUGCAUGCCAACCCCAGCCGGGGCUUCCUCCUGCCAAAUACUGCCAUUGAAAUUAAAUUGGCACUAUUUGUAAAUAAGACCACAGCUACAAAGCUCAACUCGGGUGAAGACAAAAUUGAGGACAUCCUGGUUUUACACUUGGACAGGGGAAAAGAUUACUUUUUGUCUGUGUCUGGGAACUACCUGCCCAGCUGUUUUGGAUCUCCCAUCCAUACAUUGUGCCACAUGAAGGAGCCCAUCUUGGACCUGCCGCUAGAGACCAUUAGAGAGCUGACUCUGAUGCAACUCCACACUGAAGAUGAUGGGAGCCAGUUGGAGAAAUCCAUGGAAAUCCCCAAAGAGCUCUGGAUGAUGGUUGAUUACCUGUACCGAAACGCUGUCCAGCAGGAAGAUCUGUUUCAGCAGCCAGGCCUGAGGUGGGAAUUUGAGCAUAUCAGGGAUUGUUUGGAUACUGGAACGAUUGAUACCCUCUCUGCCAGCAAUCAUUCUGUAGCCGAAGCCUUGCUGCUUUUCCUGGAGAGCUUGCCGGAGCCCGUCAUCUGUUAUAGUGCCUACCGCACCUGCUUGGAAUGUUCUGGCAACCUCACAGCAAGUAAACAGGUCAUCACUACCCUCCCCGCAUGCCACAGAAAUGUCUUCACCUACUUGAUGGCGUUUUUGCAAGAACUGCUGAAAAAUUCAACAAAAAAUCACUUGGAUGAUAAUAUUCUAGCUAGCAUAUUUGGUAGCUUACUGCUUCGAAACCCAGCCGGUGACCAAAAGCUUGAAAUGGCAGAGAAGAAGAAGGCUCAAGAAUUUAUUCACCAGUUCCUCUGCAACUCACCCUGAGCCUCUCCAUCGCCCCUCCUCUUUUGCCUGAGGUGGCCAAUUGCCAGCCCCACCUGUUUCAGCUCAAGAGCUGCCUUAAGAGGAUGGGAGCCCACUUGGAAGCAAGCCUGGCAGCUGCCUGUCUCCUGAGCCCAGACUGCCCUGCCCAGCAUGGCUGUCACACUCGGUGCUGCUGCGAGUUGUGAAGACACGAGGGGAAAUCCACCACAAUAAAACUGACAUUCAGCAUUCAACUUUAGUUAUUUAACAGAUAGAUCUCUAUUUUUUUUUUAAUGUUUAAACAACCAUACUUCUUGUUCUCACUCAGCCAGCGUCCAGGGCAUACAGUACCUUCCCUGUAGCUUGGGCUGAGCUCCCCAUGAUCAGAUAUUUGUAACAAACUUUGGAGUCCUGAAGGAUGAAUGAGCUGGACGGCAAGAAUGCAAAUGGAAGCUGCUGGAUAAACAGGUCACAGUCACCCCAGGUGCUUCCAGCGCUCUGUCUGAAGAUGUGUGUAUGCAUAUGCAAAGCCGCCCACCCCCUCAGAUAUGGCUCAACAACUCUGGAGCUGACCACUCAGCCUCCAAGGGCAAUACAGUGGCUUGAAAAUGAAAAUACUGAAGAAAUUUGGUGUUCUGGUGAAACAAGUGGAAUUUUCUGGGCCAAGAAAUCUUCCAAACUGUAUAUAAUGCAUCCCCUCUCUCAUAUGUGUAAUAUAUUUUAAUGAUAAAUGUAUUUUUAACAGUG